AUGUCUGACAUCUCCAAAAGGGCAUUUGCUGAGCUUGUCGUUGAUGGCAGCAACUACUUGACUUGGGCCUUGGAUCUUAGCAGAGCACCUCUGUCCAGAAGGCAAAAGGCAUUGAUUUUUCUUCGUCAUCAUCUCAACAAAGACCUAAAAAAUGAGUACCUUACUGAAAAAAAUCCUGCUGUUCUAUGGCAAUCCCUGAAGGAUCAAUUUGACCAACAGACGGCUAUUAUGCUCCCGCAAGCACAGUAUGAUUGGUUGAACUUGCGAUUUCAGGAUUUUAAAUCCGUGACUGAAUACAAUUCAACUCUCCACUGCAUUGUCUCACAGCUGAAGCUCUGUAAGCAUAACAUUACAGAGGCUGAAUUGAUUGAAAAGACCCUCUCUACAUUCCAUGCAAGUAAUCUUAUACUCCAGCAGCAGUACAUGACUAAAAACUAUUCAAAACACUCUGAAUUGAUCUUUGCAUUACUAGUUGCAGAGAAACACAACCAACUUCUGAUGUGCAACCAUAAUGCUAGACCAGUUGGUUCGCAAGCUGUGCCUGAAGCACAUGCCACAAAUCAAAGUAAUACUCAUGGGCGUGGACAUAGUAGAGGUCGUGGACGUGGUCGCGGGUCUUAUCGUGGUGGUAGGGGUCGGGGUUGUCGCAAUGCUUAUGGUCUUUAG